CAGGUUGGUCCAGUAGGACUGAGGAGAAGCAGGUGUGAUGAGCACACACCUUGGUAGUCUCAAUUCUACCUGCCGAAGAACACAGGUAUCAUCUUCUGCUCCCUCGUCAAAAGAAUAAGUGGACGUCACAAUGCCAGGUGAUAAAAACAGCAUCCCACCAUACCAGCCAAGUGGCAACAAACACCGACACAGGCAUAGUGAGCACACGUCCAACCCCGUCUUUUCGUACCACCCAGGAGACAAGAUGCUCCACUUCUAUCGCUGGAGUUCACCUCCCGGUGUGAUGAAGAUACUUUGUAUCCUGAUCAUCAUCAUGUGUGUGGCAGUGUUUGCCUGUGUGGCCUCCACACUUGCCUGGGACUAUGAUGUCAACACCUUGGGCGGUGGUAGCGGCGGCCUGGUACCAGGUUUCGGCUCAUUUGGUGGCGGCAACUUUGGCGGCAACUUUGGCGGCAGCUUUGGCGGCAGCUUUGGCGGCGGCUCUUUUGGAGGUGGGAGUUCCUUUGGUGGUGGCUACGGCUACGGAACGCAGUUGGAUCCAAAAGCCGGCAAAGGCUUCAUCAUUGCCAUUGCCGCCAUCACCUUCAUCGCUGUGCUCAUCAUUUUUGUGCUGGUGGUGUCAAGACAAAGCGCUGCCCACUCAUCAAAGUUCUACCUGGCAACAAUCAUCAUCUGUGCCAUCUUGGCCUUUCUGAUGAUCAUUGCAACCAUCGUGUACCUGGUCGCAAUCAACCCAACAGCCCAGUCCUCAGGGUCCAUUUACUACAACCAGAUCCGCCAGCUGUGUGCUCAGUACCAGAACCAGAAUCAGGCUCAGGGUAUCUUCAUCAACCAGUACCUUUACCAUUACUGUGUGGUGGAACCCCAAGAGGCCAUCGCAGUCGUCCUGGGCUUCCUGGUGUUUGUGGCUCUAAUCAUUCUGCUGGUGUUUGCGGCCAAAACUCGCUCCAGCAUUAGGCGCUGGGGUCGAGACCGUAUUCUCUGGGAGGAAGUGAAAGUGGUCAGCGAUGGUCUACAUCACAGCGUUGGAGAGUGGGUGAACAAGGUGUCCGGCGAGCCAGAAACGCUGCUGAAUGACUACAAUGAUCAGGUGGGGGCCCCUCGAGGUUACUUGGACCAUAACAAGCCCAUUUACAUGCCGGGGGGUUCUGAUGUUUCUGUGGACGGCACGAAGCUCAGACUGAAGGAUUUUGACACCGGUGCAGAUUCAGGAGACGACCUUGAGGAGGAGAACUUUAGCAAGUUGUUUCCCUCCAUUGUGGAUGAAGAGGAACGUCUGACCUACAAGCAAGAGUUUGACCGGGAUUACCAUGAAUACAAGAGAAUUCAGGCUGAGCUGGACAACCUAAACCAGCGUCUUGCGUAUCUGGAUGGAGAGCUGGACAAACAUCCUGAGGGCAGUUCACAGUUUCUUGAUGCCAUGGAUGAAUACGUCACACUGAAGAGUGUGAAGAAAAGCCCAGACUACCAGAUCAAUAAGAGACGAUGCCGAUAUCUCAGGUCCAAGCUUUCGCACAUCAAAAAGAUGAUCAGUGACUACGACCAUCGGCCUUGAAUUGAACCUUCAGCGUUUAUGCAUGAAAUGAAAACCAUUAAAAAAAAAUAUUUUUUUUAAAGAUUCCUCACAAUCCUUAAUAUAUUUUUAAACUUAAGGGAGCAUUUGAGGUGUUUUAUUUUAAUUUUUUUUUCCAGUUGAGCCCAUUUUAAUUCCUCAACUAAGAACAACUUUGAAUAAGGUUGAAAAUGUUAUAUUCAUACACCAAUUAUAUAUAAAUAUAUUGUAUGAUUUUUUUUUCUUCACCUUUAAAAUAUAUUGUAAAUUUGCAAACAAUAUUUGGUUUACAUGCGUAUUUGUAUUUUUAUGGACAUUUAAAUAAAAUGCAUUACAAUGGA